UCCAAUUGGAGCGAAUACGGCAACGGUGAAUCUGCUCUUUAACAAGGAAAUGUAUAUUCAAGAAAUGUUAUGUAAAACUGUGGACGUGGUGAAGAUUCAAGGUUAACGUAUAAGUGAAUGUCAAAGGGCUGGUUUUGACAGCAUUUCAUUUGGAUGAGCUGAAUUGGUGGACAGCAGCAGCCUCUUCUAUCUGCACUAUGGCUCAAACCAAAGAUUCAUCGAUGAAGUACAUCAGCCUGGUGACGCUGACCGUACAGAAUGCGCUGCUCGGCCUCUGCACCCGCUACGUUCGCACCCGGCCCGGCGACAUGUUCCUGUCCACCUCAGCCGUGCUGAUGGGCGAGCUGGUGAAGCUGGUCACGUGUCUGGCCAUCCUGCCGACCUCGGAGGGCUCGCUUUCGCGCGCCUGGCUGGCCAUCAAGACGCAGAUCCUCGACCAGAAGCUGGACACGCUCAAAGUGGGCGUGCCCAGUCUGAUCUACACCGUACAGAACAACCUGCUGUACGUGGCUGCCUCUAAUCUCGACGCCGCUACCUACCAGGUGACCUACCAGCUGAAGAUCCUGACGACGGCCGUGUUCUCUGUAACGAUCCUGCGCCGCUCACUGCGGCCGCUGCAGUGGUGCGCACUGCUCGUGCUGCUGGUGGGCGUGGCGCUGGUGCAGCUGGCGCAGGCCGAGCCGGCGCGGCCGACUGCCGACGCGCCCGCCCAGAGCCAGCUGCUCGGUUUCAGCUGCGCCCUCGCCGCCUGCGUGCUGUCCGGGUUCGCCGGCAUCUACUUCGAGAAGAUCCUGAAGGGCUCGGACGUGAGCGUCUGGAUCCGAAACGUGCAGCUGAGCGCGCUGUCGUUGCCGCUGGCGCUGGCCACCGGCCUGCUCAGCGACGGCGGCCGCAUCGCCGACAAGGGCCUCCUGUUCGGCUUCGACUGGGUCGUGUGGUGCGUCAUCUUCCAGAACGCCAUGGGCGGCCUGCUGGUGGCCGUGGUGGUCAAGUACGCCGACAACAUCCUGAAGGGCUUCGCCACCUCGCUGGCCAUCAUCAUCUCGUGCAUCGUCUCCAUCUACCUAUUCGACUUCCAGCUGUCGGUCAUGUUCGUGGCGGGUACGGCCAUGGUGCUGUCAGCCGUGUUUAUGUACAGCUACCAGCCGCCGGUCGUCGCCGCCAUCCCGCUCAAGGCUGACGGUGGCGGGAGCGCGGUCAGAAAGGUCGCACCGUGACGCCAUGCACUCACUCGGGCCCCGGCAGACCCCAGACCGGACAGCCGGCUCCUGUCGCCGAACGCACUGCUUUGGCUCUUUUGGUGGAGGUCUUCUGUAUCCUGCACUAUCUCAUUAUGCACGCACGGGUCCACCUCGUAGUCGGAUGUACAAACGAACCUUAUACUUCAGCCAGGUCCUCUGCUGACUUCGGCAUCCAAAAGUGAGGAUUGUACUCAGUUAUACGGAUAUUUUCCACGCUCUUGGGUUAAAGAAUGAGUGAUAUUUUGAUUGGAAACGAACUUAAAUAUGAAAUCAGUGUGGCUGGUUGAUUUGGUUGGAGUUGCAUGUC